UGGGCUACCGGCUGGGCCAGUCUCGCCCCGCAGAGCGAAAGUAGUUGGUGGCGGCCCUCGCGUGGGGCUCGAGUUCUGCUUGCCCGCGACCUCACGGCCAUGGCGGGACCCCAGGAGUUUCUGAGUGGGAAGCUCCGGCUCUGCUUCACCCCCGCUGCCCGGACCAGCCUCCUGCUGCUCAGGCUCAACGACGCGGCGCUGCGGGCGCUGCAAGAGUGUCAGCGGCAACAGGUUCGGCCGGUGAUCGCUUUCCAAGGCAGCCGAGGGUAUCUGAGGCUCCCAGGCCCUGGCUGCUCCUGCCUCUUCUCCUUCACCGUGUCGCAGUGUGGCCAGGAGGGCACUGGUAGUGGCUUGGACCUUGUGUGCCAACCCUUCAGCAGACCUGGGCCUAACCGCCUCCACUGCCUGGGGCCACUCAGGGAGCGCCUCAGUAUUUGGGCAGCCAUGGACUCUCUCCCAGUCCCAUCUUCAGGUCAGGGACACAACCUGACUGAUGAUUCCAGAGAGCCUGAGAAUUGGCAGAACAUGGGAGAUUAUUCUAGAGAUGGAGUUUCACGGCCACAGAUGGCACUAGAGGAGGUGCCAGACCCGCCGGCGAGCAGCCAAAGACGGUCACUCCCAGGAUCCUCGAGGGAACACUUGGCACAGUGGGAAGUAAGGAACCAGACCUGUCUUCCAAACAGAGAGCCUGACCAGGCACUGCCUUCUGCUAGCCAGAAACAUCUGAACAAGAAGCGUCCAGCACCUGCAGCCACUAUAAAACUGAAAGAAAAGAGGCCCAGAACUCUAUACCUACAAGAGGGAGAAGAUUGGGAGCAAGAAAAUAAACAUGAAGACAUGGGCCCCAGACUGGAGCACAGUCCCUCAGUUCAAGCAGGUUCUGAAUCACCAAACCCUGAAGAGGUACCAGAUUACCUCCUGCAAUAUGGGGCCAUCCACACUGCAGAGCAGCAACAUGCUUAUGAGCAGGACUUUGAGAGAGAUUAUGCUGAAUACCGCAUCCUGCAUGCUCGAUUUGGGGCUGCAAGCCAAAGGUUCCUAGAGCUGGGAGCGGAGAUCAAGAAAGUUCAGCGAGGAACUCCAGAACACAAGGUGCUGGAAGAAAAGAUAGUCCAGGAAUAUAAAAAGUUCAGGAAGCGGUACCCAGGUUACAGGGAAGAAAAGUGUCGCUGUGAGUACCUGCAUCAGAAAUUGUCCCACAUUAAAGGUCUCAUCCUGGAGUUUGAGGAAAAGAACAGGGGCAGCUGAACUGGUCAAGGGCUAUCGACCUUCUCUGUCCAGUGUGAUGCAAAGGACAAAACAGCUGUAAAUGAAGUAGAGUGCAACUGUCCGCUCUUGUUAUUGCUGAAUCCAGGGUGGCAAGUAGGAGAGCUGCUCUAGGUUAAGGUUUGAUUUUCAUUGUUGCCAUAUAUUAAUUUUUAGGGUGUGGGCACAGUGCCAACACUCUAUAGCUGUACCCAGGAGACUAAGAAAAGCAGCAGAGGCUUGGCUUCUCCUCCUUUAGUUCAGCAAGUCAUUUUCAAAUCUUAAGAAAUGACACCCUUUCCGGGACAAGAUACCUCAGGGACAUUAGAAUUCAGCCUGGUAGCCUCCCUAACAAAACAAUAACUUUCAGGAAGUUGUGAUACACCUGGAUAUAAUGUGGAAUGGCUUGGGGUCUUAUCAAUGUACUGAAAGUGAAUUCUUUUACAAACAUGGCUAAAAAAUUAAAACUGUCUCUGUGU